AUGAACUCUGGUAGUUUUCUUAAACCAACAAUCAAUUCUUCUCCAAGUAGCACCAACAUGCUCACCACUUUCAACCAUACAACCACCACUAUUGAAAGGAGCACAUUCAUUAACAAGGAGGGCAGAAUCACCAUGAAGAUGAGCAUCACGUUCACGGUUUGGACUUGCAACAACGAUCACUCUUUUUCCCUUUUUCUUAGCAGAAAGCUUGUGGCUUCGCCGAGCUCGCCGAAUUCUCCAAUCGACCUCCCUGCAAAUCGUUACGGAACCUCUCGUAACCUUUGA